AUGCUAAACAGUGGUUUAGCAUGUAGGAGAACGUUAUUUGAGAGAACUCUUCUCUUUGUCUCAGCGGUCGUCCUCUUGGCCGAAUCUUCCCGUGCUUUGCAGGACGAGGGGCCUGCAAAGGGGAAGUUUUUCCUGAAGAGUUACAGUACCACCACCUUCACUAUGCUCAGCACCUUCACAACCGUCGUUCCUUUCCAGUGCUUCUUCACCUCCGACGGCGUAGAGGACUGCCAGGGGCGCAAACUGCGUCGUUUGCGCAAACUGUCUAUUGACGUCGACGAGGUGGUUGACUCCAGUCUGACCUCCAGCAAAGGCGAAAUCAAAGGCGACGUGGAGCAGGAGGCAGAUGCUAAUCCGAGCGAGAGGGUUUUCUUCACGCUGUGGAGGACGAGCACCUCCACGGCCACUGUCACCACCACCUCCACCAACUCUUCCAUCACCAUUUCGGCCUCCGCCUACUGCACCUUUUCCGGGUUCACUGGGCCGCUCUGCUAACGCCUCGCGCGACCUGUGAGGACAACCUGACCUGACCUGGACAGCCUUUUUGGCGAUAAAGCUGAUGGAUAAUGUGAUCAGAAACGGAGAUACGACGACUAUAUAGGGAAAUAAUUCUCUUUAAUUCUCUACAAAGUUCUAUUAUAUAAAAAGGUGAAAUAGUGUGUGUAUAUGUAUUAUAUUUGACCCAUAUAUUAAAAUAUUUUGCUUGUAGUGUAACCGAGUUCAUUUCUUUGUACAAACACCUCUCGGACCGAAAUAGAAAAAAGAAGAAGAAGAAGAAAAAAAAAAAAAAAAUACGGCGUGCUUGCAUAUCAUGUGAAGAUGGACGAACAUUGAGAUUUAUUGGAAAUGAGACAAUAGUUUCGAAAUCCAUCUGGAUUUAGGUCAUUAGGCCCUCUUGCGUCCUGACUGGCCCAGUAUCUCACUCUCCUUCUUGGCAUUUUCUCUUCUGAUCACCUUUGCCACUCUCAGGACUUCUCCUGUAUCCAUCAGCCUCGUCAAUGACAACCAGCUUGGAUGUCGACUCUGGUCAGCAAUGUCCCGCUUGAUGACGCCCUCGUUUUCCUUCAGAAUUCGCUCCUCCCCGAGGAUCUUCGUCUCCCUCUGCCCACCAACGUCUUCCUCCAACUGAGUCGAGUGUUUGUGAAGUCUAUUCCUUAUCCUUUGAGAGUCGCUUCAACUCCUAGCCGUUCGGUGUUGCCAUGGGCUCUCCUUUAUCUCUAGUUCUGGCAGAUCUGUUCAUGGAAUAUUUUGUCUUCCAUUUCCCUUCGCCGGCGUCUCUGCGCUCUGGCAUUAUGACCCUACCCUGUUCUCGGAUUUCUUGAUGGAGCUAAACUCCCUCUCUCUCCCCCUUGAUCCGUGUAAAGGUGGAGAGGGAGCUUGGCAACACGGAAACCAUAAUUCAUUGUUCCUUCUCUGUGUAAUGGGAACCUUUUUUAUACAUCUGGAAAUAAUUUCGAUGUAAACAUAGAGUAAAUAGCAUUUACUCUAAAAUGUAGACUAUAACAAAGAGUGAUUGGUAGAAUAUAAAUAAUAAAUGUAUCAGUCUGUUUUUGAAAUAAUAUAAACCAUAUCAUUUUUUUAUCUGUAUAGUGGGAUAUUUAUAAAAACGAUAGCAUGGAAUUGUUUGUUUAUCGAAAAGGUAACACCUAUGGAGGUAAAGUGGCAUUUCCCCUUUCUUUCAACACAAGUAUCAAUUAUAGUUGCAUAUUUCUUGAAACAUAUAUGUGUUUCAUGCUUUAAAUAUUUAUGUAUAUCAGCUGAAUCAAAUAAAAAGCUCAGCAAAAUUACU